CAGAUGCGCCUUAGAUCUAAAUGCUGUGAAUUUCCUUACCUUUGCUAGGUGAACGUCUGGCCUUCGCAACCACCAGAGUCGCAAUAACAUUGUCACCAUGCCGAAAGCAAGAGAUGUCGUCUACUACCUCUUUCACGUCCAAGAGCUACGGAAUAUCAUACAAUGGAAAGUAUGGCACAACCCAGUUCACGAACGCGACGAGUCGAAAGAGACACCGUCGUUGAAGAGAUGUUUCCACUACUUGGACAUGACCAGCCGAAGUUUCAGUGCCGUCAUCAAGGAGCUCAACCCCGAACUCCUCGUCCCUGUGUGCCUCUUCUACCUCAUUCUACGCGGUCUCGACACAAUUGAGGAUGACAUGACGAUACCACUUGCCGAGAAAGAGCCUCUACUACGGAAGUUUGACCAGAUCCUCGAAAAAGAUGGAUGGACCUUUACUGGCAAUGGCCCGAACGAGAAGGAUCGCGAUCUACUGGUCGAGUUCAAUGUCGUGGUCGAAGAAUUUAAGAAGGUCAAGCCAGCCUAUAAAGACAUUAUCCGGGAUAUCACAAAGAAAAUGGGUGAUGGUAUGGCAGACUAUGCAAACAAUGCCGAACAUAAUGUCAAUGGCGUGAACACUGUCAAAGACUACGAGCUGUACUGUCAUUACGUUGCUGGGCUUGUCGGAGAAGGCUUGACCCGACUGUUCGUGGAGGGCAAACUUGCAAAUCCUGCCCUACUGGAACGACCGGAGCUUAUGGAGUCUAUGGGCCAGUUCCUACAACAGGUAAACAUAAUUCGCGACAUCCGGGAAGAUCUGGACGACGGUCGGAGAUUUUGGCCCAAGGAGAUCUGGUCUAAGCACGUCGACAAGUUUGAGGACCUCUUCAAGCCCGAAAAUGAAGAAAAGGCACUAAAUUGCAGCGCCGAGAUGGUGCUGACUGCGCUCAGACGCGCAGAUGAGUGCUUAUUCUACCUAGCAGGCCUACGUGACCAGAGCGUGUUCAAUUUCUGCGCCAUCCCACAAGCCAUGGCCAUCGCGACGCUCGAGCUGUGCUUCCGCAACAAGACCAUGUUUCAGCGGAAUAUCAAGAUCACCAAGGGUCAAGCCUGCCGGCUGAUGCUCGACUCGACGCAGAAUCUGCAGGUGCUGUGCGGCGUCUUCAAAGACUAUGCUCGACGGAUUCACAAGCAGAACAACCCGCGGGACCCCAAUUUCUUGGAGAUCAGCAUCGCCUGCGGAAAGAUCGAGCAAUUCAUCGAAUCGAUUUUCCCCUCGCAAACUCCGACCGAGCGUGUCGUCCCGGCCGACCAACAAGCAAUGACGCCCGAGCAAAAAGCAAAGGCUAAAAAGGAAGCUGAAGAAGCAAAGUGGGACAUCAUCUACAUGGGUCUUGCUGUCCUCCUGGUCUUGGGCACUAUCUCGGGAUUCAUGAUUUUCGUCGCCUGGAUGGCCGGCGCACGCUUCGACAUUGCCUUUUCCAGCCUCACGAACAAAAUCAGCGCAACGCUGCCAUCGCCAUCAGCAGCUGGGCAUAACGAGCUCUGAGUGCGUUUCUAUGACCUGGGCUUUUGAGCGGAUCCACCAUUUCUUAAUUAACCCCAUUCUACUUUCGUGAUUUGUAAGUCGUCGCAAAUAUACUUUGCGCUGCAUAUGCAUCAGGCGGAAUAUCCCAAGGGUUAUCAUUAUUAUUAUGUGUACUUAUACUAUACUUAAUUUUCAUUAAGCACGAUGUGGUUCUGCGGGUCCGCUUUUCCUUCGCGGCAUCGUCUGACUUCCUACCGAAAUUUCAUGUCUUCAUUCUGCCUUGGAGGAAGAGUAUCUGCCUAGCACGGAUGUCAAAUUGCAAUUCAGCCUCUCCAUGGCUGUGGUUGUGCCGAAGAAGUGCUGAUAAUGAGUUCACUUAACCCGGCGACGGGACUUUUUGCCAUGGAUACGAAUGCCAUCGCGCUGU